ACAACAUAUAUCGUAAAAUAAUGGAAUUCACGGAAAUAAAAAAUAAAUUAAAGAAAAAUUUCAUAUACAUAUAUAUGCAAUUAAAAACACAGCCAGAAACUCGAAUGGAAAUUCAAAUGGUUAAAAAAACAGGGGGAAAGAAGAAGGCUAAGGUCGUGGAAAAAAGGGAAAGGAAACGUCUUGAUAUUGAGGAGAGAAAGAAAAAUUUUCAAAAGGAACGCCUAAAACGAGAAAUUCAAUUGGGAUCACAAAACGCAAUUCGUCUUCAACAAUCGUGGCGAGAAAUAAUGAUGAAAAUUAAAAUGCCAAAUAUCAAGGAAAAUAUUCAAAAUGCCUUGCACACAUUCAAUCGUGUUCUUGACUUUAAAGAUUAUAGUAUCAGUUUAUUAUUGGACGCAAUUGAUAAUGCCGAGGAGCAAUAUCAAAUGAGUGAAAGAGAUCAUAUUGAAAAAAUUGACGAAUUUUUGAAAAUUCAUAAAAUACGUCUUGAGUCAUUGGAAUUUAAGUAUGAAACAAAUUUGGAAAAUUUUCUCAAUGAAUUUAAAAUGAAAAUGGAUAAAAUUAAUUGUGACAAUGAGGAAGAAACUAUUUAUUUACAAACAACAUUGCUUAUUAUGAAUCAAAAAUUUGACGAAUCUUUGAAUAAAGUGAAAAGCACUCUAUUUGGAAAAACUGAAACCCAGGCAAAUGAUUUUCAAGAUAUUCGAAAAAUAGAAGAAGGAUUGAAAAUUAAGAGCAUUACAAAUUCAUGGCAAGAACUUCAUAACGUUUUUGCUGACUAUGAAUGGAAAACGAAAGAACGUAGAAAUGCAUAUGAGAAUCUAAAAGCAAAAGAUCAAUUUGAGAGAAAUAUUAUUGCGAAUCAAAUGGAAUUAACCGUUGCAGCUUUUGAAGAAAUUCGAAAACUCAAGAAAAAAAUAGCGAACAUUAAAUUAGCAAAUGAAGAACCAAUCAAUGAUAUCAUGCAAAAUCGAAAUUUUUUCCAAGAAAGUUACUGGAUAGUGAAAAAUAGAUUUUUAAAUGAGCAAGCGACCGAUAAAAAUCUACUAAAAGUAAUGGCAAUAGAGUACAAUCAAACAAUUCAUCAUUUAAAUAGACUUUUUAAAAAAUUGGAAAAUAUUUUAAUUCUGACACAAAUUUGCCAAAAAUAUGAAACCGAAAAUGAAAAAUUAAUUCCUACCGAAACGCCAAUAAUUCGAGAGGAAAAAAUAAUCACUGAAUUAAAUUGGACCCGAUGUCUAGAGGUUUUUACAAAAAAGACAACUUUUAAUGUACUAAAUUUAAAAAUUCAGAUUUCAAAAAAAAUUCUUCUUUCUCUCAAGGAACUUAAAUUUCUGGAACAUUUUUGGAAACGUGUCGGAUCAGUGACAACAGUAACAGCCGAAUUGAAAAAUAGACAUGAAAUCCUAAAAGAGGAAUCAAACUAUUUAUGUCGAUGCUUAAAGCACUACAUUUCCAAGGAAAAAAGAUAAAACAAGUUUUUACUCAAGGACAAAUAAAUCAAAUUCAAUUUUAUAAUAGAAGAUUAAUGUAUAUUUUCCAAAAAUUUGUACAGGUAUAAAACCAUAAUUUAAUAUGAGUUUAAGCCGUUUAAACUCUGCAACGAGAAUUUUUUACCUUUUUAUCUCUCUUUUUUUCAUUAUAUCGUUGACAGAAAAUGUACAUUUAACCUCAACUUAAAUAAAUUAUUUUCAAUAAUUUUUAUUUUUAAAAUGUCAAUCUUCUCACAUUUUGUUUUAAAGAACAAAAAAUUGAAAACCGUUUAAAGAAUUUAUAUUUUACAUAUUAUUUAAAUAUAUAUGUAAUAAUUCGGAACCGAACUGAGAUCCAAAGCAGUCUUCUAAAUUCAUUUUUUUUUCUUUAAAGUAUCAGAUUUCGUAAGAAUCUGAUGAAAAUGAAUUAAUAAUUAAAAUUAACAAGUAUUUUUAAUUACAUAGUUUGUAAUUGUGUUAAAAUUGUAUUUAAAAUUUUUUUUUUAGUGCCUUAAGUGAUAAAUGGAAAGUAAAAAUUGAUUAUAAUUUUAUUAUUUAAGAAAAUAAUAAUCUAUUGAAUUCGUAAUGAAGUAAUCAAAUUAUAGUUAUAAAAAAAUUACUAUUACUCUCUUUAUGUACAAAAAUGGAACGAGAAACGAUUCUUUAUUUUUCUUUUGCUUCAAGCAGUUUUUUCAACUGCUUUCAUACUCGUCCAGGAAUUUG